UCUAAGACGAUAUCAAGGACAAAUUCUGAAAUAUUUUACAAUUGAACAGCUGAGUGCUGCUAACAGCUGUCGAAAAGUGAAAAGUGUGCAGCAGCAACAACAAUAUGGGAAAUGUCCAAGCACGACAAUGCGAUGCCCAGGGCAUGGUUCAGCGCCGUGGAAGUAUGUCGUGGAACUUCCGUUAUCCGUUGAUGAAGCGCCGCGAUCAAACAGCAACGAUCGUUCAUAAUAUGAAAAUGAGUAUCGCGGAUUGGCUUGAUUUGCUCGGUUUGCAGCAGUAUGAAACCAACUUCCAAAUGUAUAAUACUGUCGAAGAUAUUCUUGAUUUAACUGAUUGCGGUUUAAGGCACAGGGGCAUACGUCAGAGCAGUCAUCGAGCAAAAAUGCUAUCAAGCUUGAUGGGUGUACAGGCAAAGUGCCGACAGUCGCUGAACAUUGAGGCUUCCACCUUACCCCGCUCGGUGUCMAAGCGAAAAAACUCUUGCCCACCAAUGUAUUUAUCGGGCGAUUCUAGUGAUAUAGAGAGAUCGCUGCAACGUAAUUGCAGUAAUCGUAAUUCAUUUUCCAACUUUAGAACUAACAGUAAGGACUCUAAGCGCCUGACUUUUAAUGCUUCGGAUAUGAUUUACGAGGAACUAGAUCCUCCAGAAACGAAUACGACAACAACAGAGGCAAUAACAAAACCACAAAACUUAACCAACGAGAUUACUGCCGAUAGCUGUGCAUCCGACAACAACAACACAAUCCACACGAUGGACAAUGUUGGUGGAAGUGGUAACUUGAGCAGCAGUAUUGGUGGCUCUACAGCAUCUAUUGUGGGUCAGUUGCRUCUACAGCAGCACCAUCAACUCCCACCCAACAGCAUGGCGCUGAGCACACCAUCUAGCGAGCAACAAGAAGCAAUUGCUUUGAAAAAAGCUUUAGAAUGGGAGCUCAGUUUGGAUGCAAAGGAUUUACGUUCGCAUGCCUGGUAUCAUGGACCACUGUCACGGCAACGUGCCGAGGAGAUUGUACAGAGGGAAGGAGAAUUUUUAAUAAGAGAUUGCGCCUCCCAACCAGACAAUUAUGUUCUCACCUGUCACACCAAAACGCAGGUGCUACAUUUUGUUAUAAACAAGAUUCUUUUACAACCUGAGACGGUCUACGAGCGCGUACAGUAUCAAUUUGAGGAGGAUGCCUUUGAUGCAGUGCCCGACCUUAUCACCUUUUACGUUGGUUCUGGCAAACCUAUUUCGGUAGCUUCCGGUGCUCGCAUACAGUAUCCCUGCAAUCGCACAUAUCCUUUAUCAUUUUAUGGACAUAAAAUUGUUGGCAAUCAUUUGCACACGCAAAUGUUGGCUGGCAUACGAGGUGCUAGCCCCCUUAAUUCUCCACUAAGCCACAACGGGAAUUUUCGGUUUGGGUCCGGUAUUAUAACACAACAUACUCAACAGCAACAACCAGUACAUAGCCCCAUGUCAUCACCGCCGCGUGUCAAACGCGAAAUACCUCCACGUUUGCCAUCAAAGAAACAGCGCUCUCAAUCYCUCACGCCAGCACAUGCCACGCCUACUAGUGUACGGCAAUCGCAUAAUAGUGAAUCGUGCUCAAGUGCUGAUGGUAUUAUACAAGCAGCGCGUACUCCACCUAAUGAUAGCGUCAAUAAUCCGAAUGGCUUCCGUGAUCAKGGUCGUCGAUUAAGUAAUUUCGAUAAGGAGGUGCUGGCUGGUGAGACGUCAUUAGUUGGUGGGGAUAAUAUAAAUUUACAAAGUCAUCUGGAGCACUUGGCGCAAGCGGGCAAACUACAUGGCAAUGGAUUUCAAACGAUCGCGCGAUGUUCCGCUGUAACUGAGGCAGUAGAUCAUUUUAAAUUCACCACACAUUCAUUGCCACGUCCCAAUACUAAUAACUUUCGCGGCAAUAGCAUUAUGCGUAUCUCAAGUUUGGCACGAGAUUUUGGUUCAGAUGCCAUUGGUUUGAGCACAAGCUUAGAGGGCAGACAAAUACCUGAGCUACCAGAGAAACCACCGAGUCCACCACCGAAGCCAGUACGUGCAAAUAGUCAGACACGUAAAGAGAAGGAACAGCAACAGCAAUUGGCAGCGCAUCGCGCCGGUAUUGUGGGGGUUGGUUAUCACGCCAGUGGUUCGGAUUCGGGCAAUGGUUCUGGCGAUUCGGUACAGAGCUCGAUACCUGGUGACUCCAACGAGUUUACCCAACAUCGUGGUGUAAUAAUAAAGAAUCCACGCUUUUUGAGUAAUUCAGCAUCGUCGGCAGCUCUGAAGAGUCUUGCUGAUUUCGAUGUGAUUGCAGCAGAAGAGCAGCUUUUCACUAUGGAGAUACCCGAUUUCAAGCCGGUGUCUAAGUUCGACUUUGAAAACUUCAUAACACUUCUCUUACCGUCAGUGGAUAAUAAGCCAUUGGAUGGGGACGCACUUACCACUUUCAAAUUGAUGCUACUGGAAACUGGACCCAAAGUGAUUGCUGAGCACAUAACGCGUAUCGAUAUUGGUCUAUUAAUAGAAGAGCUGCCUGAAGAUGAGGAUCGCAAUGUGUUAGACUGCUGCGGCUUGGAGAUGCUGACACUACCAUUUGGUAAAGUAUUCCGCGCUGAUUUAAUCGAACGCACACAGUGCAUAAAACUAAUGGUCGCAGUGACAAUACUUACUUGUCAAACGGACUUGGAUCGCGCGGAAUUACUAAGCAAAUGGAUACAGAUUGCAGUGGAAACGAAAACAGCUUUGGGCAAUCUCUUCGGCUUCUGUGCCAUUAUGUUGGGAUUAUGCAUGCCACAGAUCCAAAAACUAGAACAAGCCUGGCACAUACUCCGCCAGAAGUACACAGACAGCGCUUUUACCUUCGAAGCCAAGCUACGACCCACGUUAAUCAGCAUGAACGAGUGUUCCAACCCGCAAGCGCCAAACACUACAGUACCACACGUCUUACUCUAUGCGCUUUUGAAAGAUCGACCGAUCAUCGAUAUUAUCAGUGUAAAUAAUAUCAACCUAGAGGAUCGCAGUUCACUGUAUGGCACUUGUAUAACAGCAUGGGAGGCUAAAGCCGACGAUUUCGGCAUGACAAUUAAUUUUCUACACUUAGACUCGGCGCGUCAUUUUCUGAACAAUUUAUCGCUGUAUAGAAAAAAUGCGAAGAUUUUGCUUGAAGAGUCCAGUAAGCGAUUGGACGAAUUGCUCAGCGACGCGUUUAGAACCGAGUUUCACGUGAAAUUUUUAUGGGGUAGUAAUGGUGUCACCGCUACUCCAGAGGAUCGCCAUUCAAAAUUAGAAAAAGUGCUAGCACUAAUGGCGGAUAAAUUCUGCAGUGUGGACUCUGCUGCUACUUAAGUAAGAAGAUAUUGUGUAGAUAUACAAAAAACACAUGCAUUUAUACUUUUAUACUAUCAGAGCAUACUUAGAUUAAGCUCGCGUCAAAUUGUUCGCUUUAUUUUGCUGGUUCGCUGUAGUAACUAGAGUAGCGAAUGGCUAGUGAAUAACAAUUCUAAWCAGUAUUGUUCAUAUUAAAUGUGUAAGAGCUAUCGAAUAAGGUGGGGCACAAUAUAUCUAAGAGCGAAAAAUUGAUAUUUGGUGGCAAACCCUUAAUCCCUACAACAAUAUCAGGACUAAUAAUAAAAAAUGCAGAACUAUCUGGCGUACCCGUAAUAUCCCAAUAAUUUCACUAGUAACGCGUUGGAAAUCUAUUUAAAAAUUUUAGUACAUUUUGAUUGUAAACGCCAUAUUUAUCGAAAAAUGAUGAUUGCUAUUAAAUGAAAUAAAUCGUUACAAUUUCUGGCGCCUAACAUUUGCUUAAUAAAAUAAUUUAAGAUUGAAAUUGCUUCAAAGAAAGGUAGAAACAGUCCAAACAGCCUCACGAAUAAUGAAAAUAAAGUCUGAGCCCUUUGUAGUAGAAAUUAACUUUUGUACAUUUAAAGAGUUCCAAAAGCGAGAUUAACAGUGGUUAGGAAUAAUAUAUAUGGUUUAGGUAUAUUAGRUUUAAGUACAUUAGUAAUUACGAGAUCGGGUUGGAAAAGAUAUGAGGGAAAAUCAUAAAUUAGUUCUUACAUCGAAGUUUAUAUAGAUCUUCUUGAAACAUAGUGAUCGUUUAAAAUGGAUUACCGAAGUUAUAGGAUUUCAGAAUUUCAGAUGUAGAAAAACACAGUGUUUUGUGACUACGCACAUUGUGAACAUAUUGUAAUAUCUGCCAGAGUGAGGGAAGGUUAAAUAUAUCACUAUUCUGUUACACGUUCCCUUAAAUAAUUUUAYUUUAUGACAUAAAGAAAAAAUCUUCCAAAAUACUUGCCAAAUUACCGCUAUGAAGGACCUUGAAAGAAUAUGCAUUCCACAUUUACACUGAUCUCGAAUCGAAUACACCAAAUUAAUAAGUAAAGAAUAUCAAAUACAACAUAUUAUGUAAUUAAUUAUAGAUUUAUAGAGCAGUAUUGUAGUACUUAAUAGCUAUUUAUUUUUCAUUUUGAUACCAWGUAUGUAAAACUAGGAAACAAUGUUUGGUUUAGAGACGUUAAGCGUGUUAACAAUUAGCAAGUUGUUUUCAAAUUUUUUUCUGUUCGAACUUCUGUGACUUAGUGCUUACGUCAAAAGGUAGAGGAAUUACUGGAUGGAAUUCUCCAGACAUUUGCCCUAGAAUMUUAUAUAAUUUAAUGAGAUCAAAACAAAGACGAAGUACACUAUUCAAUGUCUUUACUAAUACMGAGAAAUUGACGAGGAUACGGGAUCUUAGUCAAUACUUACUAUGCUAUUUCUAAAGCUUGGAAAGAMAAACUCAUAUUACUGCCAAAAACAUUUUUUACUCUUUCAUUAGCAUUAAAUUAAGUCAUAAGUUGCAAAAAAAACACCAUUUUGGUAUUUGAUAAAGCUCAACAUCCCUUAAAAAUCGUUAAAAUACAUGAGAACGUUAUUAUUGUACAGCUUUUAUGUCCUCAUAUAUAUGUAUAUUUCACUAUAAUAUUAAUUCUUCCUUCAAAGCUCAAAUUUUUCAGUACAAAUUGAACCGCUUAUUUAAGCUGAGAAUUAUAYUUUUCCUCAUAUUUUUCCCCAUACUUCUUCUUUAAAUGAAAAAGGCUUUAUGUCUGUUGUAGUUUUAUAAUUUUUCAAUUUUAUAUGUUGCCUUAU